ACACACACACACAGAGAGAGAGAGAGAGAGAGAGAGAGAGAGAGAGAGAGAGAUUCAUUCCUCAGUGAGCUGUACGCGGUACGCGCUCAGACUUCGGAGCUCCGCGACACACACACACACACACACACACUCACUCCGAGCUGAGGUAGAGGGAAAGACAGAUCGUGGUGGAGGAGUGUGUGGUGUUUUUUCUUUUUAUCCAGGAGACGCGGUAAAGAGCCGAAUUCCUCUGAUGAUGAUGAUGGUGAAGAUUAUGUUUGGUUAGAUGCGCGUGAAAAGUGUGUACAUGAGAUGCUGCUGCUGCUGAUGAUGAGAAGAACAGAGGUUUAUGGAAGAGAAACAUCGUCACCAUCAUCACCCUCAUCGCGCGCGCGCUGAAGCUGCUGAAGACACCGGACCGCGCUCGGGGUUUCCUCUGCUGCGCCGUGACCGUGUGUGUGUGUGUGUGUGUGUGUGUGUGUGAUAGCGAGGUGUACAGCUGCAGCAGCGGAUCCGCACACAGCUCACAUCGACUCAGUCCGAGUGGAUCUGACUUCCUGCUGCCUCUCUCUUCUGUUUUGGGGGAUUCUGAAUUUUGGAUAACUGACCGCGCAGGAGUGUGAUUACGGACACACACACACACGCACACACACGCACGCACGCACGCACACGGACUCGGACGGAAGGAGACGCGCUGAGUGUGGAAUCCGCGCCCUGGCCGGAUCAGAGUAACGAUGUCCCACAGGGUGAUGGACUCAGUCAUGUGGUCUUUAGUGUCUCUUUUCCUCCUGCUCUUCUCCGUCCCUCUGUCUCUCUGCUCCAUCAUGUACCACCUGCGUGAAGAACAGCCCCCCAACACACUUGUGGGCAGUUUGGCAUCUGACCAGGGACUUCCAGAUUCUGGUCACUUGUACAAGCUGGAGGUGGGCGCCCCCUACCUGAGGGUGGAUGGAAAAACAGGCGAUAUCUUCACCACAGAGAUUCCCAUCGACCGGGAAACCCUGAAGGACUGCCGUAACCUGUUCGAGGGCGACCCGUGUUUCCUGGAGUUUGAGGUUUCCAUCACAGACCUGAUGAAAGGUUCCGGUCCACGGCUCAUCGAAGGUAGAAUCGAGAUUCAGGAUGAGAACGAUAACACUCCACAGUUCUCUUCACCCAUCCUGUCCUUAUCCAUUCCUGAGAACACCCCGGUGGGGGCGCUGUUCCCUAUCCCCGUUGCCACCGAUAAGGACACGGGGAAUAACGGAAUCGCAGAUUACUCGUUAACGACCGGCUCGGACGCAGCGUCUCUGUUCAGCCUGCAGGUGGCCGAGAACGCGGAUGAGAAAGUGCCCCAGCUCAUCGUGAUGGGGACGCUGGACCGCGAGCAACGCGACUCGUAUGAUCUCAACAUUAAAGUGGUGGACGGUGGAAAUCCUCCACGCUACAGCAGCGCCCUCCUGAGGAUCACCAUCACUGACACCAACGACAACGUGCCCAAGUUCGAGCGCAUGCACUACGAAGGGGAACUCGCUGAGAACAGUCUUGUGGGUCACUCCGUCCUGCAGGUGAAGGCCAAUGACGCUGAUGUGGGAGAAAAUGGAAUGGUCACGUACAUUAUCUCUCAGCCGCCACCCAACGUGCAGCGUCUCCUCACCAUCGACCGAAACACCGGCAUCAUCUACGUCAAAGGUCCAGUGGAUCGCGAGGAAGUGAAUCUGCUUAAAUUCUACGUCCAGGCCAAAGACAAUGGACCACAAGCCAAGAGCUCUAAAGCCCUGGUGACAAUCACAGUGAAGGACAAGAAUGACAAUGCACCUUCCAUCUGGAUCCGUGGAUUUGCUCUGGUGGCUCAUGAGGAUGGGAUUGCAAACAUUUCUGAGGACAUGCCUGUGGGAACCCCAGUGGCUCUGGUGGAAGUGACAGAUCGAGACGAGGGUGAAAACGCAGUGGUGACUUGUGUGGUGGCAGGAGAUGUACCUUUCCAGCUUCGCUCAGCGUCAGACACAGGAAGUCGGAGGAAGUAUUUCCUGCAGACAACAACGCCACUGGAUUAUGAGAGGGUCAAGGAAUACAGGAUUGAGAUUGUAGCUGUUGAUUCAGGGAACCCAGCUCUCUCCAGCACCAACUCGCUAAAGGUCCAAGUAACGGAUGUGAAUGAUAACGCUCCCAUUUUCUCACCGUCUACAUAUGAGGUGAACUUUCCAGAGGAGAAUCAGCCAGGCGAUAAGGUUUUAGACGUAGUGGCUAGCGAUGCAGACAGCGGCACCAAUGCCGAGCUCACGUACAAUAUUAUCUUAGACUCAGCAAUCAAGGGGCUCUUUGAGAUUAACCGCAACACUGGAGAGAUCAAAGUGAAGGACCAGUUAGAUCGUGAACAGAGAGAACGCUAUGAGUUCCAUGUAGAAGCAUCUGAUAAGGGGGUUCCCAGCAUGAGGGGAACUGCAACAGUUGUGGUUAAUGUGCUCGAUCGCAACGACAACGAUCCCAAGUUCAUGCUAAAUGGCUACAUGUUUUCCGUGCUGGAAAACAUGCCUGCGCUCAGUCCGGUGGGAAUGGUGACUGUCACAGAUGUAGAUAAAGGUGAAAAUGCUCAGGUUCACUUAUUAGUAGAACCAGACAAUGGCAAAUUUGUGAUUCAGAAUGGCACAUGCACGAUCCUCUCCAGAAUUUCCUUUGAUCGGGAAAAGGAAAGCACCUACACAUUCCGUUUAAAAGCUGUUGAUGGAGGCAAUCCUCCACGUUCCUCUUAUGUGGGAAUUACAAUAAACGUUCUAGAUGAAAAUGAUAAUGCUCCUUACAUCACCAAGCCAUCCAACUCCUCCUACAAGUUCCUGCCACCACUGACGAGCCCAGACACACGUGUGGAGAAAGUGGAAGCGGAGGACUUUGACACAGGACUAAAUGCUGAGUUAGAGUACACCAUCAUUGGUGGAAACCCUCAUGGACUUUUCCGCAUUUCUCCUACAGAUGGGGAGAUUUCCCUUGUCAAAGAAUUCACCCGGAAACAUAACGGACUCCACCGUCUGGUCGUAAAAGUUAGUGACAAAGGAAAACCUGAGAAGCACACCACAGGGUUGGUCCACGUCUUUGUAAAUGAGACAAUUGGAAACAUCACGAUGGUGGAAUCACUGGUUGGACACAGUCUGUACACAUCUCUGGAAAUGGACAUUGCCGGAGACCCAGAAUACGCUCGUGAUCAGCGGGGCAACAUCGUGUAUGGAAGUCUUGCCGGGAUCGCUGGGGUCAUCCUGGUCAUUGUGGUGGUGGUUGUUAUCCGUCACCGUUUGCAAAAGGAAGCCAAGAGUGGAUACCAAGCUGGAAAGAAAGAGUCCAAAGAUCUUUACACACCCAAACAAGGAACCAAAAGCAGCAAAGGUAAAAAGGGCAAAAAGGGCAAGUCUCCAAAACCACCAAAGUCUUUGGAGGAGGAUGAAGAGGCAAGUCAUCAGAAAGCCUUAAAAUUCAACUUAAUGAGUGACAAUGAUAGUCCCAGGAUUCAUCUGCCCCUCAAUUAUCCUCCAGGAAGCCCCGAUUUGGGAAGACACUACCGUUCCAACUCCCCUUUGCCCUCUAUUCAGCUGCAGCCACAAUCACCUUCAGCUUCCAAAAAGCACCAGGCUGUUCAGGAUCUUCCAGCUGCAAACACUUUUGUAGGGACCGGAGACAGCAACUCCACCGGUUCUGAUCAGUAUUCGGAUUACAGCUACAAGACCAACCCUCAGAAAUACACCACCAAACAGCUGCCACAUCGCCGUGUGACCUUUUCCACAGCCAAUCAGGCACAGGAUCUGCAGGACUCCUCCCAGCACAGUUACUACGACAGUGGAUUGGACGAAUCAGAAACACCGAGCAGUAAAAGUUCUUCAGGGCCGAGAAUUGGACCACUGGCGCUGCCUGAGGAUCACUACGAGAGGACGACUCCGGAUGGCAGCAUCGGAGAGAUCGAACACCCUGAGAACGAUCUGAGGUCACUUCCUGAUGUGGCGAUGACUGGUAAUUGUACUCGUGAGUGCAGCGAGUUCGGACACUCCGACUCCUGCUGGAUGCCGUCACCGAACCGCAACAACAAAAUCUCUAAGAGUGCAUCAAAACUCUCCACCUUCGUGCCUUACCAGGAGCGAGAGCCUCAGGAGUCGCUGAUGGCCAAUGGAAGCCCCAAGCCUAUAGGAGACGAGCUUGGGGGUGGAGCCACCAACAAAAUGCCCAGCAUCCGCUUCAUGGCCCCUUACACUAGUGCCUACUCCACAAGUGGUGAGGGAACGAAGGAGUGCACCAUGGAAGAAAUCCCUCUGAAUCAAACAGCAGCAACCACGCCCCCCAGCCAGGGGCCCAAGAGAGAGAUCUACCUGUGAAGAUUGAAGAGAGAGAGAGAGAGAGAGAGAGAGAAAGGGGUUGUUUAGAGGUUAUCAGGGUCAUCAUCAUCAACCCAAGUGCAUACUGGAUUUGCAGCAAGACCAAAACACUGGAACUGAUCAGAUCAUGAGAUCAGUCAAGUUUAAAGUCAUUCGGAUCCUGAAGAACAAAAUGUCCUCGUUUGGAUCAUUAAGGUCAUCAGUGUCUUUUAGGUCAUUAGGGUCGUUAGAAUCUCGUCCCUCCACCUGAGUGCACAUGAGUUUUAGAUCAGGACUGAAUAAAAAACUGAAUGUGAUGAUUCAGGUUUGGAGACUUAUUUGGAUUUUGACAUUGAAUUUAGAAAAAUAAAGCUGUAUUAAAUUCUCUUCA